AUGAACGCCUGGGAUACAAUGGAGACCCCAUAUACAUCCCUCUUGCUGGGAGGCGUGCUACCUGCACAUUGUUCUCCCACCUUGCCGAUUUUGGCAGAUGUGUCCUCCUACUUCGGAACAUGUAUCCCUUCUCCGCUUGCCGCACUGUCGACCGCCCUCGGAACAUUAUCAAUAGUAUCGUGGUUAUUUGCCCAAAUGCCACAAAUCUUCAAGAAUUAUCACAUUAAAUCUACUGCAGGGUUGUCGAUUUUCUUCUUGGCCGAAUGGUUGUUAGGAGAUCUGACCAACUUGCUGGGCGCUGUGUUCACCAGGCAGGCGACAUGGCAGGUCAUCAUUGCGAGUUACUAUGUUUUUGUCGACGUUUGUCUCGUGGUGCAGUAUUUCUGGUACACCCACUGUACUAAGUGGAUUUACGCCGAAAGCCUCCAUUCCAGUGGGAGCAGUGACAUUGAUGAUUCGGACAGCGCGAUGAUCAAUGGGCUAUCUCCGAUAAACACGUCCUUCGGAGAAGACUCUCCAUUCUUUGAAGGUGAAGAAGAUGGUCCUCAGAAGUCUGUCACUCCAAGAAACAUGGAUGUACCCUCUUUCUCCCAAGUAAAUUAUGGCGAAAAGAAUGGAACGCCAACCCGAAGCAUUGCGGAUAAACUCGGCUCCAGUUGGAUGGUGGGGGCAUCUCCCCGAACCUUGAUGUACACAGCAACAUUGUCAUCACUGGCAUCGAAUGUGGCCGCUGCCCCUAUCUCAUUCCCAGCCGACCAUUAUCAGCACGGAAUGCACCUUCUCCGGGUCGAAACUUCCCUCGAAAUUGCUGGGACGAUAUUGGCCUGGAGUUCAACAUUCCUGUAUCUUGGGUCUCGCCUGCCCCAGUUGUAUAAGAAUUGGAAGCGUCAGUCCACAGCUGGACUCUCGCCACUUCUGUUUGCAGCGGCAUUUUGUGGAAACAUGUUCUACUCUACGUCCUUGAUCGCCAAUCCGAAUGCAUGGAAUAACUAUGGCCCGCACGGACAUCAUGGUUGGGUCGACGGAGCAGGUUCACAACGAUGGGCAUGGGUCGCAAGGGCAGCACCCUUUUUUCUCGGCUCAGCAGGAUGCUUGAGUAUGGAUGCAUUGAUGGGCGUACAAUUUGUCAUCUAUGGAGAGAGAGAGGCUCGCAUUGUUAAGGUCCGUGACAGCGAUGGAUAUAGUCAUUGGGAAAGAGUGAAUGGAUGGAUGAGAGGGUGGAUCCCAAGCAUGGCUGGAAAGGAUAAAGUGGUAGAUCUGGCACAAAGCCAGCGACUCCUCAACGACAGCACACACUUGACAAGGCGGCAGAGUAACCUUGACUAUGGCACAGUCACGAUGUAG